GUGCUGCCACCCUCCUGAAAAUAUGGGGUCUGAAAACCCAAGUCCGCAGAAUCCUGGCUGUAAGAUUAUGACCUUUCGUCCCACCCUUGAGGAGUUUCGGGACUUUGGGAAAUACGUUGCAUACAUUGAAUCACAAGGAGCUCACCGAGCAGGGCUUGCCAAGGUGAUUCCUCCCAAGGAGUGGAAGCCCAGAAAAACCUAUGAUGACAUAGAUGAUAUGGUUAUCCCAGCUCCCAUUCAGCAGGUGGUUACUGGCCAGUCAGGAUUAUUCACACAGUACAAUAUACAGAAGAAACCCAUGACCGUGGGAGAGUACCGGCGUCUGGCUAACAGUGAGAAAUAUUGUACGCCACGCCAUCAAGAUUUUGAAGACUUGGAGCGCAAGUACUGGAAGAAUCUCACUUUUGUCUCACCAAUUUAUGGGGCUGAUAUCAGUGGCUCUCUGUAUGACACAGAUGUGGAAGAAUGGAAUAUUGGCAAUCUGAACACCCUGUUAGACAUGGUGGAACAUGAGUGUGGUAUUAUUAUAGAAGGUGUAAACACUCCCUACCUCUACUUUGGGAUGUGGAAGACAACGUUUGCUUGGCAUACAGAAGACAUGGAUCUCUACAGUAUCAACUACUUGCAUUUUGGGGAGCCAAAAUCCUGGUAUGCCAUACCUCCAGAACAUGGCAAGAGAUUGGAACGCUUGGCGAAAGGAUUUUUUCCUGGAAGCUCUCAGGGAUGUGAUGCUUUCCUCCGUCACAAGAUGACCCUCAUUUCACCCUCAAUCUUGAAGAAGUACGGCAUUCCUUUUGACCGGAUCACCCAGGAAGCUGGAGAGUUUAUGAUUACAUUUCCUUAUGGUUACCAUGCUGGCUUCAAUCAUGGCUUCAACUGUGCUGAGUCAACCAACUUUGCCACAUUGCGUUGGAUUGACUAUGGAAAAAUGGCAACCCAAUGUACGUGCCGCAAAGACAUGGUGAAGAUUUCCAUGGAUGUCUUUGUGAGGGUUCUGCAGCCAGAACGUUACGAUUUAUGGAAACAAGGAAAAGACAUUGCUGUCCUGGACCACAUGAAACCCACAGCUCUGACUAGCCCAGAACUAGAUGCCUGGAAUGAGACGAAGGCAGACUUGAAGGCUAAAUUGCUUCGCAGGAUAGGAGAUGAGGAAGAGGACAACAAGCACCGGUCUCACAGAAAAAGAAGUCAACCCAGAAGACAUAAAACAGAGGAUCAGAAGUCUCUGGGGGAUGUCAUGGCUAUUGAAACUGCCUUGGAAGAUGUGAAAGUGAAAGAGGAACUGAAAAGAGGGCCAGACCUAGAGGAAGAAGACAGAAGCAAAGUGGUUGAGGGAGAAGGUGAAAGCAAAGUAAAGGCUCGUCCUCCAAAAGUAAAAGGUGAGAGGAAGAAGAAGCAUCUUUUUCAUCAGCACCAGCACCACCUGCAAACAUCUCAGCCUCUGCAGCAGCAGCAACAGCUGCCACUGCCACCAGCAGUGCAGCAGCAGGCAGAGGAGGAGGCAGCAGCAGCACGGCCGCCAGUACCCACAGCAGCACCUGCAGCAUCCGCAGCAGACAAGAGCUUGCUGACCACCCCCCUCAACGUUGUCCAGCCCUCAGAGGCACCAGUUGAGGAAGAUGACUUUAAGCCUCGUCCUAUCAUUCCCAUGCUUUAUGUGGUUCCACGGACCAAAAAAGUGGUGUUUGACAAAGAGCACAUGUCCUGCCAGCAGGCAUUUGAGCAGUUUGCUACUCAGAAGAGUCCUGGUUGGCGGGAGCAGACAGUCUCUUUGGAAAUCCCUGUAAAAGAGGAGGAGAGCGCAGAAGCAGAAAAUACAGAGAUUGCUACAGAGGUCAGUGAUUUACAGACUGCUGCUUUUUCAAAAAUGAAGAUGGAGAUAAAGAAAAGUCGUCGUCACCCAUUAGGCAAACCGCCAACCCGCUCCCCCCUGUCAGUGGUUAAACAGGAGACCUCGAGUGACGAGGAAACAUUUCCGUUUUCUGGGGAGGAAGAUAUGAGUGACCCAGAGGCUUUGAAAUCUUUACUUUCCCUCCAGUGGAAGAAUAAAGCGCCUAAUUUCCCAGCUGAAAGAAAAUUCAAUGCAGCUGCUGCCCUGAGUGAGCCAUACUGUGCUGUCUGUACCCUCUUUUACCCAUAUAACCAGUCCUUACAGAUGGAUAAAGAAGCUGUCCCAGUCUCCGUAGGGGAGACCACCUCUUUUGUCCACCUUUCUAAGUGCGGACAGAAGACGAAGCCUCUGAUCCCAGAGAUGUGCUUUACCUCAAGUGGAGAAAACACAGAGCCCCUUCCUUCAAAUUCGUAUAUUGGGGAAGAUGGAACCAGUUCCUUGAUAUCCUGUGCCAAAUGCUGCCUGCAGGUUCAUGCUAGCUGUUAUGGAAUACGUCCAGAUUUGGUGAAUGAAAGCUGGUCUUGCUCACGAUGCUCAGCCAAUGCAUGGGCAGCGGAAUGCUGCCUGUGUAAUCUCAGGGGAGGAGCUCUUCAGAUGACCACUGAUGGGCGGUGGGUCCAUAUAAUUUGUGCUAUUGCUGUCCCUGAGGCCCGUUUUCUCAAUGUAAUAGAGCGUCAUCCUGUGGAUAUCACUGCUAUUCCAGAGCAAAGAUGGAAACUGAAAUGUGUGUACUGUCGAAAGCGGAUGAAGAAGGUGUCUGGUGCCUGCAUCCAGUGCUCCUACGAGCACUGCUCCACUUCCUUCCACGUGACCUGUGCGCAUGCUGCUGGCGUGCCCAUGGAGCCCGAUGACUGGCCCUACGUCGUGUCCAUCACUUGCUUCAAACACAAAGCAGCCAACCAGAAUAUUCAGUUUCGAAGGGAAGUGACUCUUGGACAGACUGUGAUCACAAAAAACCGGAAUGGACUCUACUACAGGUGUAAAGUGAUCGGCAUGACGACACAGACUUUCUAUGAAGUAAACUUUGAUGAUGGGUCAUACAGUGACAACGUUUACCCAGAAAGCAUUAUUAGCAGAGACUGCAUUCAGCUGGGGCCCCCUCCAGAGGGUGAGAUGGUUCAACUGCAGUGGACGGAUGGAAUCAUCUAUAAGGCCAAGUUUAUUGCAGCCCAGAUCAGUCAUAUUUAUCAGUGAGAAGAACACGCAGCUUUUUGUUUAGAGUUGUGCAGGUCUUUCACUCGGAUCUAAGAAUAAAAAGAGAGUAAGUAAAACAAAAGGAUUUGUUAAAGUCAAUACAAGAUUGUUUGGCAUGAAGUAGCUUUCCUCUUGAAAGUAAACGUCUUUGCUCUUUACGUGGACAAAGAGGCAACAGGUUGGUCUCCAGAAGGUGCUCCUUUCCUGUGACCCGUAGUAAUUGUUUCCUGUCUGAGCUUUCACCAUUAUCAAGAAGCUUCUACACAGGAACGUGCCCACACCAGAGAGCCUCUGAAUGAAAAGCCAUUCACCUCCAUUGUGGGGAAAAGAGUUUAACAGCUGGUGGCUCAGCUUUGUUAGUGAUAAAACAACUCAGGUCAAAGUGAUCUGCUCUCAGUAUUCUCUGAUGGCUGUCCAAUGAGUUGUGCUAACGUAGCUCAUGACCUACAGUUUCCCAUGAGUCAGUAUUUAAAUAAUUAAAACUUUGCUUGAGAAUUCAAGAGAAAGUAAGAGAAAUGAUGUAUCAGGAGACUAUUUGUAGUCAUGGGAAGGGACUUUGCAGAGGAGUAGCAGUGUGUAAGAAUAAUAACCUCAUAUACUCUCACCACCUCCAUUUUUAAGAUGAGAAGAAUAGCAGGCAGUUUUUGGUCUUUGAGUCUGUUGCACAGACAGAAUCUUUGUUUCUAGAAGGUUGUGAUAGUGAAUAAAAGAAGAUUUAACCUGGUACACAGUGUUAGCAUCUCAGCAGAAGGUUUUAUAAGAUGCAGUAUGUUCAUAUGACUGAAUCUAUUUUAAAUGGUACCAAGAAGUUGAAAAUAACAGUGAUUUGUAAAGGAAGGUGUACUUCCUGCACAUUCUUUUGGAAAAUACAUUCUGGAAUUUGCAAAGAAUUGUUAUUUUAAAGAGGUUGGUGCCCCUGGAGAAUUGUAAAAGGCAAAGGAAGUCCCAGAUCUUGCAUUUGUUUGAAAUUGAGUUCGGAUUUCUAUCCUUUCUGCACAGAGUGUUUCAUAUCUGUGUGCCAGGAGCACAAUAGCCCACCUUGUUAGUUAACAGUCUUUUUUGUGUGCGUAAUGGAAGGCAGCUGCUUCAGAGAAGAUGUGAUCCAGGUGACCCAGGUUAUGAAUAAGUACAAUACGUUGUUCCAUGAAGAUCUAUUUUUAUGCAUGCUUUCCAGUUUAAUCACACUAUAGGAAAUUGUCAUUGAUUUCUUGAAAGUAAAAUAAUUUGAAAUAGGCUAUUUCACUUUGAGUGCCAGAUGACAGAAAAAUAUGCAUGAGGAGCCUGUGUUUUUCAAAUCACACGGUUACCUAUAAGUAAAGCUCCUCUCUAUGGGGAAAACAGCCUGAAUAGCUUUCUACAUUGGUUUCCUGUGUGCGUAUUUUUUUCAGCAGUUGCUGUGAAUCUCUAUUGUCUGUCUUGGAAUAGGACUGUAUUUAAUAACACAGUGACAGUUCUGUCGUGAAAUUAGUGUGGUCAGAUUAAGACAGCAUGGAUUAGCUUCGGAUUUUAAACUUGUCCUGUCCUAUUUUGCAGUGACUUUCCAAUUCGCAUCUCUAAGUUUGCAUUUUGUGUGCUAAGAUUAGAUCUGUAUAUUUAAAUAUAUAUAUGUCUGUUAGUUCAAACAACUUUUGACAUACUCUAAUGUGUAUUCUUAAGAGGAUCUUGAGCCAUAUCAGUAGUUUGGAACUGUAAUAAACAAAAUGCAGCCAUUGUGUGAUAGCUGAAGAUGUCAUUGCCCUAUGCUGCCAGUCCUCCCUUGCUGCUGAAGUUGAGCGCAUGCAGUGGAAAUGGCAGACAGGAGUCUGCUUGUAGCUAGUUCACUUGUUCCCUAGUGAUCUGUAAAACCUGAGAGUAAAUGCGAGUGGUAGCAUCUUAAACCAGCUCGACAGAGCUCAUCUUUCAAAGAUUGUUCUCCUACCUGCUUAGUUAUUACUGUUGGGGUGCAUUGCUCAGCUAAGGCACCUCAGCAGGCAUCACAGAUCUUGGGUAGCUAAUCAGUUGUAAGAUCUGGACAGCGCAGGAGGAGCACGGAGUGCAGGUGCUCACUUCUUGCUGAACAUGCCCAGUCUGAACCUGAUGUCCCACAUUAACUGUUGUGUGUCUUUCUGCGUUAUGCAGAGAAGUAUAAGCCCUAAGCAAAGGAAGUGAGCAUCUCUUAAAAACUUCUAAUAAUUUUAACAAUUUUUAUGCGUGUUUCCAUGAAUAAACGUUGCUGUAACAACUGAUGCAAAAUUCAUGACACAAUCAGUGCUUAGUGCAUAAGAUUUAACAUGAGGACUUACCACCACUUCUUGUACCUGACUGAUUAUUUCUGCUUAAUGGAAAUGUAUUUGAGUAGCUGCCGUUGUUUCCUUAUGAUGUGUAAAAAUGCUUCAAGAUGAAAGAAAUUCUUAUUACCGUAUUGGUCUGAAUACAGGGCUGCUUUUUAUUAUAAGUGAAAAGCUGUUCUUUUUUCAGGAUUUGAAUUUAAAAAAAAAUCAGUGGAAAUUUCUAGUGCUCAGACUGGGAGGGGAUAGCAGGCAUGCUGUAGCACAACCAUUCUAAUCUGCAGGAGCACUGAAUGAAACUGCUUGGGCCAGAUAAAACGGAUGCCUGAGCAGCACUAAAACCUGGAUCCUGGGUUCAGUCUUCUUAACAAAGCUCAUUCUACAGCAUAGCUAGAGAGAUGCAGAGCCAAGAACAGUGAAUCAUCCAUGGAGCUGGCUUGCUGAUACUUCCCACAAAGGGACCAUGCUUGGCAUUAUCUGGGAGUGAACUGAUCAUGUAUUGUGAAUCUAGAAGCCAAACGUUCUUAUUUCAUUUUC